AGGUCGGAGCACUGUCGUCCUUCAGGGCUCCAGCCUCUUGAUAUUUUUAUACUUCAAUAUCGGCUCAAUAGAGCAAAAGAGAGAGGAAGAGAGAGGGGGGAGAGGAGAGAAGAGUGAGAGAGGGAAGGAGGGGUGGGAAUUACACACAAAAGAAAGAAACAAAAUAAUUUUGAUUCUUAAGUUAAUUUGCUUGCGGAUCUGGGAUUUUAGUCAUCAUGAAGGGUAAAGGGACAAUCUACCCAGGACCGCAGCCUGAUACCAUUUUUCAAAGCCAGAACUUACUCCAUUUUCUAUGCAAAUGUCAGAAAAACGAAACACCCUCUCUCCCAAGUCAGAGAGGGGAAGCAACGGCUCUCAGGUUGGGACAAUAUUAUCUGGAAGCUGAAAGAAGAAACCGAACGCUUUCCCCCCCCCCUCCUUCCCCACCCUUUUCAAUCCGGAGGAAAAAUAUCCCAAGGUCUGCAAAGGCGCGGCGCUCGGACUAUAAAACACAACAAAUCAUAAACCCGGCGGAGCAGCAGCGGCCUCGCGCGCCUCCCCUCCCAAUGAGUUCCUAUUUCGUGAACUCCACCUUCCCCGUCACUCUGGCCAGCGGGCAGGAGUCCUUCCUGGGCCAGCUACCGCUCUACUCAUCGGGCUAUGCGGACCCUCUGAGGCACUACCCGGCACCCUAUGGGCCGGGGCCCGGCCAGGACAAGAGCUUUGCGGCUUCCUCCUAUUACCCACCAGCCAGCGGCGGCUACGGCCGAGCGGCGCCCUGCGACUACGGGCCCGCCCCGGCCUUCUACCGCGAGAAAGAGUCGGCCUGCGCGCUCUCGGGCGCUGAUGAGCCGCCCCCGUUCCACCCUGAGACUCGGAAGUCGGACUGCGCGCAGGACAAGAACGUGUUUGGCGAGACAGAAGAACAGAAGUGCUCCACUCCAGUCUACCCGUGGAUGCAGCGGAUGAAUUCGUGCAACAGUUCCUCCUUCGGGCCCAGUGGCCGGCGAGGCCGCCAGACCUACACGCGCUAUCAGACGCUGGAGCUGGAGAAGGAAUUUCACUACAAUCGCUACCUGACCCGGCGGCGGCGCAUCGAAAUCGCGCACGCCCUGUGCCUGACCGAGCGGCAGAUCAAGAUCUGGUUCCAGAACCGACGCAUGAAGUGGAAAAAGGAGAGCAAACUGCUCAGUGCGUCUCAGCUCAGUGCGGAGGAGGAGGAAGAAAAACCAGCCGAGUGAAGGUGCUGGAAUGGGAGGGGGGACGCGAAGGGAGAGGCCUGUGGGGAGCUGAGGGCAUUGGAGAGCCCGAGAAGGCUCUGCGGGCGGGGGAGCCUGGGGACCUGCUCUCCAGCGUGCGACAGGCGGGGCCCAGUGUUCUCCUGCACGCCCCCGCCCGCAGAGCUCUAGCCCGGUGCUCGGAGGCCCAGCAGCCUGAGCCCACCCAGCACCCUAGCGCCUCCUCCCUCCCAGAGGAACCCGUCUUGGCCCUAUCAGGCUCCCCGGUGAGAAAUGAGGAUCGAACUCACUUGAUGUUUCCUGGAAGCAGAGCAAAAUGCUCUUGUCCAUGUCGCGUCUCAUUUCGUCCAUGUCCCCUGUGCACGGUUCAAUGGUAGAUUCGCUGUCCCCUCAGCAGGGGCCUUGAAGACUCCCUGACCCCAGACUUGUCGUCCCUCCCACCCUCUCCCCAAAGCCACUGGAAGGAGCACAUACUACCUAGAAGUAAGAAGAGGAGCCUCAGAAGAAAACAAAGUUCUAUUUUAUUAAUUUUCUAUGUGUUGUGUUUGUAGUCUUGUCUUAGUUCUGGACGUGAAAUACUUCGGUAAUAAUAUUAAUAUUAUUAAUAAUGAUAAUAAUAAUAAAGACAUGAAAACUCGCCGCUCAGUCACCUCCAAUCUUCCCCUGCAUUUUUCCCCUCCUCACUCUGCAUUCCAACUACCCCAUCCUCCCUGAGCCUGAACUCAGGAGCUCUAGGCUGCCUCGGGGCCUUCUUAGCCGCCUGAACUCCAUGGAAGUACUUUUGAGAUAAACGUUGGAACCAUCCGUCUUCCCAGGCCCCAGAAUUGUGCCUGUCUGAUGCUAAGCCUCACAACUGCCUCUCCUGGUGCAGACCCUCAAUGGAGAGGGUCCCUUUCCCUUUUAUUCUCUAGAUUUUCUUCGUUUGUCCAUGACAGGAGGGACACCACUGAGGGCCCCUUGCCCAAAGCCCCUGUAGUGACCAACGAGUUGGGCAGGUCCGAGUGCCUCAGCAGAGCUUUUCUGUCCUUGUUGGGGUGAGGCCCCUGACCUCUGGCCCACCCGCAGGGCCAGGUCUCCGCUGGCCAUGGCUCUUGCUCCUGGCCUGUGGCUCUGGGGUCUGAAAAAACGGGGCCACUGGGCAUCUCACCACUAUGCAGCAGAAGGUUCCAGGCACCCCUUACCACCUCAAAUAGGAGCUCAGAGACAAGAAGGAGAAUGUGAAGCCUCCGGUAGUUGUGAGGCCAAGGGCAUGACUUUCCCCUGCUCCUUGGAGACUUAAGGGCAGGAGGGCAGGUGAUGAGGCACUUGGUCUCAUCCUCUUAACGGAAAAUGGCCCUUCUCUCUCUACCUCCACCCUCACCCAGGCAGCUAGCUGCAGACGUUGUUUUCCUUUCCUUCUUCCUCCUCCCUCUCUCCCUUUUUUUUAUUUUUAAAGAAAACAGCUCCUGGCAGAAGGGGCCCAGCUGCAGUGGUUUCUGGCCGCCCAGCUUGCUCAGCAAGACACCACCAGUCCAGGGAACCCCUUCCCUGGGAAGGCGGUAGGUCAGUGGGCAAAUACAAACUGCCCAGCUGCCAGCAAGGGGCCCUCAGUGGUACCUUCGAAUGCAAAGUCGGCAUCUGGAGACAAGGUGAAGGGUCUGCUUUAACCCCAAACUCUCAGGCACAUGUUACUACCCAAACCCCAGCCACCCAGGCAGUGGCCGCUGCAAUCUUUUCAGCGAUUAGGCCACUUAAUUCCAGCCAUGUUCACCUUCUAGGAUUCCUGUCCUGCUCUGCCAUUCCCAGGCCUCGGGUAAGGAUGAUGAGGUCAGGAAGAUGAUUCUAAAUUUCCAAGGGGCCUAGGAGAAGUAAGCUUUCCUGUGUCUUGAAGCUUCCAGCCCAGCUCCGGUGCUCAGGCUUGAGGCUGUGGACCGACUCGGCAGCCCCACUAGGAAGCAGGCUGGAAUGAGUUUGGUGGGGGGGGGGGGGAAUCAAAAUAAUUGUUUUCCACACACAACUUCCAACCCUUUCCCCCGCAUUUCUGCCCCCAACUAGCAAAGACCGAUUAAGGGACAAGCAACUCAACCUUUGAUCAUUUCAUCCACAGUUAAAAUAAUAAUGACGAUAAUUUGAUAGGCACAAAUAGAGAGACUAACGUCACCCCAAGAAAGUGGGUAAAAGGCUCAAACCCGUCUUCUAAAGACCUAACCCCGCGAGUGAGUCACAGCCGGUCGGGUUUCUUUCUCGCUUGGCGGUUGCAGGGAGCCAGCAGGGAGGCAGCCGCCGACGCCAUGGCGGCCUGCGGCUCGCGCUCCCGCCGAUCGCCGGGAGGUGGCGCGCUCUGCUCAGAGGCCAACGCCAACCUUCUCCGUUUCUCCCCCUUCUCCUUUUUUCCCCCUCUCUCGGAGGCUCGCAUUGAAUCGGCCCUAACGAUUCUCGGAUCGUCAUUAUUUGUA